CCCUUAUCCCGAUUUCUUGCAGUGGAAGGACUCCGACCUGGAUCCACCUAUGAAUUCCGCGUGGUUGGCGUUUCUGGCGAUUCAGCAUCCAGGCCUUCGGAAGUAUCCGAUGUUAUAUCGCUCCGUCCACUUUGGAGACCAUCCACCGCUCGAGGCGUUCCUGCCCGACCACAAGCUCCCGAAUAUCUGGAAAUUGAUGGCGAGAGGAUAACGAUAUGCUGGUUACCUGCACGGAGCACACUUCCCGUUUUAGGUUACGAUGUUGAAUUCCGUGAUUUCCAACAAGAUGCUGGUUGGUAUAAAGUGAAUGAUCAGCCCGUUCACGCCUGCAAAAUGACCGUUGGCGAUCUGAUUGUUGGCCACGAAUAUCAGUUUCGAGUGCUUGCUCAUAAUGUCGUCGGUUGUUCGGAACCAUCAGAAGCAUCACCUCCUGUAAAAAUCCAUGUAGCUGCAAUUGGUGAGGGUAAAUAUAUGGAAGCGGAGCGCUUUGGUGCUGUCAAAUUGCUCAUGGAAGAAAUGGUUCGGGAGUCCCCUCCGCUCCCUGAGCGAGACGAUUCACCACCACCUUUACGUCAUGGAAAGGGGAACGGCAAUUUGCAAUGGCGCGAUCCCUCGUUGAAAGAAGUGAUCGACUAUCUGGAUAAUCCUGACAGGGAAAAGCAGCUUAAUGCGAGUGGAUACCUGCAACACUUGACGUUCAGCGAUAAUCUCAUAAAAGAUGAGACCAGGGAGUAUGGUGGAAUUCCGAAAUUGAUCCAGUUGCUGAGAAGUGAUAUGCCAGUUAUUCAGAAGAACGCCGCCGCGUGCUUGAAAAACCUUUGCUUUGGAAAGGAAAACGACCGGAAUAAACUGGCCAUCCUUGAUGCUGAUGGAGUGCGGAUGUUAGCUGCUGUACUUUACAACUCACCCGAUGCUGCAGUGAAAGAAGAAGCAACUGCUGCUCUGUGGAAUUUGUCCAGUGCUGACAUGCUGAAACCAGUGAUUCUUGAAGCAGCCACAGAUGCUUUAGUUCAACAGCUGGCCAUCCUUGAUGCUGAUGGAGUGCGGAUGUUAGCUGCUGUACUUUACAACUCACCCGAUGCUGCAGUGAAAGAAGAAGCAACUGCUGCUCUGUGGAAUUUGUCCAGUGCUGACAUGCUGAAACCAGUGAUUCUUGAAGCAGCCACAGAUGCUUUAGUUCAACAGGUUGUUUCUGCUACACCAGCCUAUCAGCCGAAUGGAAUCUCAAAUGAUACCGAUCCACUCCGACCCUAUAGCACGGCCACUUUCAAAAAUUCUACCGGUGUACUCAGAAACAUCAGUGCCGCCAAUGCUGCCGCUAGGAAGCGACUUCGAGCUUGCCCGAAUCUUAUUGAAGGACUGGUCCACUUCCUCACGAUCGCGAUCCAACGGAACCAAGUUGAUUCGCAAUCGGUGGAAAACGUCGUCUGUCUACUGCGCAACUUGAGCUAUAGGAUACAAGAAGUUGAAGAUCCGAAUUACGACCCUGCUACUGCGCACAUGUUAUCCACAAAAGGCAGCAAAUCUGCACCCAGUAGUCCAAAGCCCAAGAAGGACAAAGACAAAAAGAGGGAACAUGCCAGAGAUGUGGUGGUGGCUUCUGCUGGAGCGAUCCAGAACUUGGCAGCCUGCCAGUUCAAUCCUAGCGCUGAAGUUCGUGCCGCGGUUCGAGUUGAGAAAGGCCUGCCGGUACUUGUCGAACUGAUCCGGCUCAAAGAAGAUUAUGUGGUCUGUGCGGUUGCUACUGCCUUGCGGAAUCUGUCGCUGGAUCCAAGGAAUCGCGAGUUGAUAGGAAAAUACGCUCUACGAGAUUUGAUCGAAAAGCUUCCCGAUGCUGGUGGUCGUAGACCACCCAUCAGUGAUCAGACGAUUGGAGCAGUGCUUGGUAUCCUUUUCGAAGUGGUUCGGAGUAGCGCUUCAUUCACAAGAGAUGUCCACGAAGCUCGAGGAACUGAGAAACUACGUGCGCUAGCUCGGAGUUAUCCAACGUAUUCGCAUCGAGUGUGUAAGUAUGCCAGUCAAGUGUUGUUCAUGAUGUGGCAGCACAAGGAACUUCAUGAUGGAUUCAAAAGAAGUGGCCUGAAAGAGGCUGAUUUCUUCUCGGGUACUGCUAGGGGUGAUUCGGCGACUCUCGCUCGACCGAUUUCAAGCCAAGGACGUGAACGACCUGCUCAGGCCUUGUUGGACGACACGAUGAGUAGUGGAUAUGGUGCAGUAGCCGAUUCUCAGCAUCGUCGCCCUCAACCGCCACAGUACCAACAGCAGCAGCAACACCAGCAGGUCAGCACUCCUCCAGCGCAGAACGGCCAAACUCGAAACGACAGGGGCGCCAUGCGUGAACCACUCUAUGCCUCUGUUCGAAAAGGAAACCAAUCUCGUGGAUUGGAUGACAGUUGGGUGUGA